UCGGUUCAGUCUGUCGCAACGUUUUCUUCUUCUCUUUGUUUCUCAUGAAAAGUUCUGAUGGACUAACUCUGACCGGAUCAAACCGGACUUCAGACCGAUCUAACCUGGAUUAAAGAGUCAGGAUCAGCAGGACUCGGAGCGGGACUCGGACUCGGUGUGGGAUAGAGGAGACUGGACUCUGCUGCAGGUCUGCUUUCUGGGGUGUUUGGAUCCAGACCAUGGGUUGGUAGAACGGACUUUUGUGGAAACUUUUACUUUUGUCUCCAUGGAGAUGACUUUUUCCCGCCACCUGCGGAGCUGAUCACACUCUGAUCAGGUAUCGAUACUCUGCAUUGAUCGUGUAUUGAUCGGCGGGAUGGCCGCGCUCCUCCCGCUGCUGCUCGCGCUCUGGACCUGCGGACUCGCCAAGAGCGCGUUCCCGCAGAGGAACUCCUACAGCCUGUAUGCAGGCGCGCACACGAACACGCACGGAGCUCGCGCCGCCAGCAGACACAGGAAUUGGUGUGCGUUCGUGGUGACAAAGACGGUGAGCUGUGUGGUCGAGGACGGAGUGGAAACGUACGUGAAGCCUGACUAUCAUCCCUGCAACUGGGGGAGCGGACAGUGCAGCAGGGUGGUGGUCUAUCGGACGUACAUGAAGCCGCGCUACAAAGUGGCCUACAAAAUGGUGACGGAUAUGGAGUGGAAGUGUUGCCAUGGCUACAGUGGAGAGGACUGUAAUGACAGUCCAGUCGGAGGAGCGGGAACCCAGAUAUCAACCACUAGACCUCAGCCCAGGCCGGGACAGGGAGGAGCUGGAGGGCAGGGAGGAGGAGGAGGAGGACAGGGAGGAGGAGGAGGAGGAUAUGGAGGAGGAGGAGGAGGAGGAGGAGGACAGGGGGGAGGAGCAUAUGGAAGCGGCAGCUCUGGAUCUGGACACAGUGGCCGAGCAGAGAAUGAGAGGGUGAGGCAGCUGGAGGAGAAGAUCACGCACCUGACCAAGAACCUCCACGACCUUCAGACCACCAUGACCACCAUGAACGAGAACUUCCAACGAGAGGUCAACAAGCCAGGACGCGGUGGCGGAGGAGGAGGAUCGGGAGGAGAAGUGGGAGGAGCUGGCUCUUCAGGAGGAAGAAACCCCGCUGAUGCUGCUCAGCCAGAGAUUAAAGAGACAAUUAACAGCAUUCAGAACAAACUGGACCAGCUGGACAACCGCACACAGGCUCAUGAUAAAACGCUGGUCAGCAUCAACAACCACCUGGUGAACGGGAAAGGGAACGACCUGGACGGAGGCGCGUCGGGAGGAGGACUGAGCGGAGGGAAGCUGAACUCGCUGAAGGAGGAGAUCCUGAGGGAGCUGGAGACGAGGGUGUCCCUGUCCUGUUCCUCCUGUCAGGCCGGUGUGGAGGAUCUGCGCAGACAGCAGCAGGUGGACAGAGAGAGCAUCCGAGCUCUGCAGAAGCAGCUAAAUGCCAUGGACGUACGGUACCGGCAGGGCCAGGACGGGCUGCGACGGGAGGUGCUGCGCUCACAGGGCUGUUGUGACACUGUGGACGACCUUCAAAGACGCGUCACUGACGCUGAGCGCAAAAUCAGCUCGGCCUCAGAGAACUUUGAUCUCCUGAACAACCGCCUGGACAAGGAGCUCGGCGGGGCUGGUGGCAGCAGGGACAAUGAGGACAGAGAUCCUUUUGGUGGAGGUUUUGGGGGUGGUGGUGGCGUUGGAGGAGGUGGUCGAGAUCCUUUGGUGACAAAGGAUGGACUAGACAAUCGGCUGAAGGAACUGGAGCGGCGGAUCAACAACACAGUGCAGGAGACAGAGCGGAGCUGCUCCUCCCUGGAGAACGACCUGAAGGAUUACUUCCACAGAGAGCUGGGAGACCUGAGGACGGUGUUCCUGGAACGCUUCGAUGACCAGGCCUACAGGAUCGCAGACGUGGAGCUGGACGUGGGGAUGGUGAAGGACAGGGUGAGCGACCACGACAAGACGCUGUCCAAGCUGGAAAACAACACCAUCGUCUUGAGCCGCAGGCUGGAGGAGUGCCGCUGUGGAGGCUCAGAAGGAGGCGGAGGUAGAGGUAGCGGUGGCCGAGGUGAUGGAGGAGGUUGGGGAGCAGGAGGAGAGGGAGGACAAACAGGAGGAGGAGGAGGUGGUGGUGACAGGGGAGCAGGAGGAGAGGGAGGACAAGGAGGGACUACUGGAGGAGGAAGAGGAGAUGGGGGAGCAGGCGGGGGAGGAGGAGGAGGAAGUCAAGGAGGUAGAGGAGGAACUACAGGAGGAGGAUCAAGUGGUGGAUUGUCUGGGAUGGGAGGAGAACGAGAAAAUACAACAAAUAAGUCAUUCGAGUGGAGAGUGAUCGCCAACGAGGAUCAGAUCCGUCACUUCAGCACCCGGCUCAAAGACCUGUCGGUGUCUGGAGACUCUCUGCUCGACAAGGUGGUGGACCUGAGCCAUGACGUCCGUAAGAUCAAAGCUCUGACGGGCGAUCACGGCGAACACUUCAACCGCAUCGUGACGGAGGUGGAGAUGCUGGGCCACGACUCUGAGCUGUGCCAGAAGGUGGAGGACGAGCUGCGGAAGCUGAAGAAUCAGUCCCAGGAUGCACUGGGGCGCAUGCAGAGCCACAUCAACAGGAUCCACUUCCGACUGGAUUCGGGGAGAGAAGGCUGCUCUCAGGUCUGCUCACACCUGGAGGACGAAGUCCGCCUGCUGAGAGACGAUGUCCGGAGGUGCACCGGCCAAUGUAAAAGCGGCCCGGACACGCCCACAGGUGGUGGUACUGGCAGCACUGGUGGGACUGGUGGACGGGGACCUGGUUUGGAUGCUGAGAAGCCUUUAGACGGCCACAGCGUGAUCGGAGGCUCCAUCAACAACAACCAGCUGAAGACUCUGCAGGGCGAACUGUCUGAAGUCAUCCUCACCUUCAGCUCCAUCAACGACACUCUGAAGGGGCUGGAACACACGGUGCAGAAACACGGCAGCGUCAUCACCGACCUCGGAAACACCAAGGAUAAGAUCAUCUCUGAGCUGGACAAAAUCCAGGAAGAGGUGACGGAUCACAUCGAGGACAGCCGCGAGCGUCUGGACGGGAUGGACCGGGACGUGCGGCGGUUUGAGAGCACACUCCUGGUGGAGAUGGGAGACUGUAAGAGGUCCGGAGACGGGCUGGAGAAGAGGCUGUCCAAGCUGGAGGGAGUGUGUGGGAGGCUGGAUAGUGUCUCUGACUCCAUCCUCAAGAUCAAGGAAGGACUGAACCGACAUGUUUCCAGUUUGUGGACGUGUGUUUCUGGUCUGAAUGACACGGUCAUCCAUCACGGAGGAAUCAUGGACAUUGUUCAAAAGAACCAGGACGACGUCUACACCAGGAUGAAGACUUUGAACUCAAGUGUGAACCAAGUCAUCAAAGACCUGCAGAGCUUCUCUGAGCACGACUUGACUGGCCUGCCUGGACCUCCAGGACCACAAGGAGAGAGGGGCUUCAACGGACUGCCAGGUCCACGAGGAGCUAUUGGACCUCCUGGACCUCUUGGACGAUCAGGUGAAAGUGGACUACGAGGUCUACCUGGUCCCAAAGGUGAAACAGGGCUACCUGGUGCCGACGCUCACAUACCCAGACUGUCGUUCUCUGCUGCUCUCACUGUCCCCAUGGAGAGAUCAGGAACCAUCGUCUUUGACAAGAUCUUUGUUAAUGAAGGAGACUUCUACGACCCGAGAACAGGUAUUUUCACUGCUCCAGUAGACGGACAUUACUUCUUCAGUGCCAUCCUAACGGGUCACAGGAACGAGAAGAUUGAGGCUGUUUUGUCCAAGUCUAACUACGGCAUGGCCCGGGUGGACUCCGGAGGCUACCAACCUGAAGGUCUGGAGAACAACCCUGUCGCUGAAGCUAAAACCACUCCUGGAUCUCUGGCUGUCUUCAACAUCAUCCUGCCUCUGCAGACCCGGGACACGGUCUGCAUUGACCUGGUGAUGGGCAAACUGGCUCACUCUGUGGAGCCCCUCACCAUCUUCAACGGCAUGCUGCUGUAUGAAGACAUGUAAAGAGUUCAUACUGGAGAACCAGAACAACCCUGUUUAAGACUCAUGACAAACCCACAGGAGGCUGCACCCUGAAGUAUGAUGUCACUUCUUCUUUCAGGAGUGUUUUUAUGCUGAUGACAGAAUGUUUUAAACGAAUGUUCACGCCCGAAGAGAGAUCACUUGUUCCUAACAGAACUUUGACUGAUUUUUUGUGUUUUUUUUUAUUUUAAAGAGAGUGUUUUUCACUUCACAUCUGGACGAUUGAACAAGUCAAUUUAUUCAUAUGACUGGUUUAACCAGUCCGCUAAAGUGAUGUGGUCCGAGGACCUGAAGUCAGAGCAGCACUGUGAAGACAGAAGUGCCCGACAACCAGGACCAGCUGUUCCUUGAAGCCUCUUACUGCUGCUAUGUGGAAUGACACAAACUCUUGUGUGGAACCAUUUCAGCGUUCACAGUGGAAACUGCAGUUAGCACCCUCUACAGGCUACAGAGAUUAUUACAGCUUCAAUGUGAACCAACAAAGUCCUCAUUGCUUCUUAGAGGCUGUGUCCUAAUUCAAGGGUAGCAUCCUUCCAAGGGCCCAGCCUAUGAAGGAAAAAGCCUUCAUGUUCAGCGUCGACCUCUCAGGCCCAUUAGAAAUAAAACGGUCUGGUCUUCAGAGGAAUCCCUGUUUGCAUCACCAGCUGUUCCCUCCCUUACUUCCCUUAAAGCACUGCCCUUGUCACCUAGCAGCCUUGACUUGCUGCAUCAGAACUUGUUAACAUAACUUAGAUGAUUUGAAGUUUCAAAGCCCCCCUUUUAUUUUGUAGUAUAGGUAGCUAUUUGAUUGAGUUAAAAAUCAAUUCCUCACAACUAAAAGUGUAUUACUUGGCCAUUUGGGAGUAAGCAGUUUGAAUUGGCGUGCACCUUGGGAUAUAUUGGGCCACUGAGGAUGAACUGGAAGGACCUUGAGUGGGUUGGUGAGAAGGACGCAUUUGAAGGAGGCUUCAAAAUGGGACAGUUACAGUCACUCAGCUGUGAUGUUAUCAGUGUUGAAAUGCACGCCCUGAGGGAUGGAGCCCCUGAAUUGGGACAUAGCUAGAGCCUCACUGAUGGAGGUUAAAAAAGUCCUGAGGGUGGCGCUGCAGGAAACAUUAUGAGGUCACUUUGAUAAACAAGGCCCACCUGGAGCAGGAAGUUGAAGUGAACAUUUAUUGAUGAUCUGACAGUCAUGUGUUAAGAUAUCUGACAGUUGUUGAUCUUUGGACUGGUAGAUGUGAUUAUGGAUUAAAAUGUUGGGACAGACAGAUGGACGCUCAUCUUAAACCCUGCUCCUGGCAGGUCUGAUGUCAUGGCAACAAAUGGCGGUGUGACUUUAAAAACAAACCAGGCUUUUUGCUUUGAAGCUCUAUAAAGGCAGAAUGUGUUUUCUGUUUGAUUUAACGACUGAAAUGAGUUCAGAUUGUGAAUGUUUUAUUAUAAAAUGCACCUUUUAUUGUUAUGCCUGUAUUUGUAUGUCAAAUAUCACAUAGUUCACAUAAAUGUUAAAAUACUUAAGGACAAGGAUGGAAUUACUACAUUUUUUCUAGCUUUAACAAAUCCCUUUAAACCAGAGAUGGCAAAAAAAAAUAAAAAACAUCAUAUGCUUUACUUAAGUUAAUGUUGCCACAGUGUACACAUACUGCUUCCUGAAUGUUUUUCACAAUAAAACAUCGAGACGAUGUUCAGGAAAUGUCCUUUGUGAAUUUAAAGUAAAAUGACGAAAAUUAAGUUCUGUGUCACAGAAAUAAAAACUAAAGUAAGAGGCUUUGAUUAACUCGAUACAUUUAUUUUGAAGGCCCUAAACAGGUUUUUUUAUUUUUUUUU